AUGGAAAUAUCUAAACCUUCUACUCCACUAAGUAUUGUUGGGAGACCACCACUUAGAAAUGCCAAUGUACACCAUCACAAGACAACUUUAGUUAGUGUUGAUCCAAUCACUUUAGCAAUCAAUGAAUGCAUGAUAAUGGCAUCAGCUAUGAGGAAACUGAAUCGUUGGGCUCAAAGUGGUGCAGCAGCUUUAUUUUCAUCAGGUGAUAUAUUUGGCGAUGAUGAUGAACAAGAGGAGGGGCAUGCAGAAGAAGAUGAAGAAGAUGAAGGUGCUGAAGGCGAGCAAAAUGGAUCAUCGAAUAAUUUAGGUGUCAAACCAUCUAAUCUUGAUCGUACCAAUGCUAAUACAAAUAUCGCAGUUUCAUCUCGCAAGCCUUCUACUACUCAAGGAAAUCCUUUACUUGCAUCAUUUUUACAAUUAAAAUCUAUAUUAAUUGACACCAAAAACAUUUAUGAUAUUGAUAGUUUAACAUUAUUACAACCUUUUUUAAUGGUUAUUAAAUCUUCAUCAACAUCAGGAUAUAUCACUGAAUUGGCAUUAAAUACCAUUUCAAAAUUUUUAAAUUAUGACAUUAUAUCAUUUAAAUCGAAAAAUUUACAAACAUCAUUAAUUCAAAUAAUUUCAUCUUUAACUCAUUGUCGUUUUGAAGCUGCUGAUCAAAAUUCUGAUGACGCUGUUUUAUUGAAAGUGUUAAGAUUAUUGGAAAGAAUCAUUGAAGAUGAAUUAUCAAGGUUAUUACCUAAUGAUGUUGUUUCGGAAGUUGUUCAAACUUGUUUAUCAUUGGCAUGUAAUAAGAAAAGGAGUGAAGUUUUACGAAGAGCAGCAGAAAUGUCAAUGGAUUCAAUGACAGUGGAAAUUUUCAGUAAAUUAAAAGAUAUUGAUCCAGAAUUAGAUAAUGGUGAUGAUCUACAAACUAAUUUUUCUGAUACAAUAUUACCUGAAGAUAGAAUAGGUGGUACUGAUGUUCCAACAGAAAUAAAUAGUCCAAGAAAUCUGAUUUCCGGGAGAGAGAAUAUUUUGGUGGAUGAGAUCCAUGAAAUUAAAUCAGAAGAAAAGCACCAAGAACCAAAAGACACUCGACAAGAAGAUGAUCAACAACUAAAGGUACAACCAGUUGAGGACGAAACGAAGGACAUGAUUGAAGUGCAAAAUGAAAAACAGGAAAAUCCACCAAUCGAAAACAUCCCAUCAUCAUCAUCAUUGAAAGAGAAAACAGAAUUUGAUGUAUAUUCCAAUGAAGAACCUUAUGGAAUUAUUUGUAUUAAUGAAUUUUUGGGGAUUUUAGUAUCAAUGAUUUCUCCUUCUAAUCAAUAUCAACAUAUGGAAAGUACUCGAGUUUUUGCAUUAUCGUUAAUAAAUACCGCUAUAGAAGUUGCUGGAGUGGAAAUUCCUAAACAUCCUUCUUUAUUGAAUUUAGUCACUGAUCCUAUUUCUAAACAUGUUUUACUGAUUAUAACUACAACGGAAUCGCCUGCUCUAUUGAGAGCUUCAUUGAAAUUGUUUACUACUAUCACGAUAGUUUUAGAUCAACAUUGUAAACCUCAAUUUGAAUUAUCAAUAUCAUUAAUUUUCCAAUCGAUUCUCCCACAAUCAGAAAUUCAAAUGAAAGGAUCAUCACAAAUGUCAUUUAGAAAUCCAAUUUCUAAAGAAAUUUUGAUUGAAUCAUUAAGUUUAUUAUGGAUAAGAUCACCAAGUUUUUUCACCAAUUUAUUUAUUGAUUAUGAUUGUGAUUUUGAAAAAUCAGAUUUAGCAAUCAAUAUAUUACAAUACUUAUGUCGAUUAUCAUUACCAGAAUCAGCUUUUAUGACUACUGAUAAUGUUCCACCAUUAUGUUUAGAAGGAGUACUUUCAUUCAUUUCUGGAAUAAAUGAAAGAAGUAAAAAAUUUAAAGAAACUAAACAAAAAAAUGAUCUUGUUGAAAAAAGAAAACAAAAAAUUGCUUUUAUCAAAUGUACAGAAUUAUUUAAUGAAAAUCCUAAAUUGGGAGUUAAACAAUUGGCAACUGAUGGGUUUAUUAAAGAUGGUAAUGAUUUAAAAGAAAUAGCCAAUUUUUUCUUUUCUAAAUCAGGUAGAUUAAAUAAAAAAGUUUUGGGAGAGUUUUUAGCUAAACCUAGUAAUUCAGAAUUAUUUGGUCAUUUUAUUGAUUUAUUUGAUUUCCAUGAUAUGAGAGUAGAUGAAGCUUUAAGAGUCUUGUUGAAAACGUUUAGAUUACCAGGUGAAUCACAACAAAUUGAAAGAGUAGUUGAAAGAUUUGCUGAAAGAUAUGUAGAAUGUCAAGGUCAAGAUCAUAUUAAUCCUGACAAAUCAACCAUUGAGAAUAAUAUCAAUGAAGCAGUUUACCCUGAUAAGGAUUCAGUUUUUAUAUUAUCUUAUUCAAUAAUCAUGUUAAAUACUGAUCUUCAUAAUCCUCAAGUUAAAAAACAAAUGGCAUUAGAUGAAUAUAGAAGAAAUCUUCGUGGUGUUUAUAAUGGACAAGAUUUCCCUGAAUGGUAUCUUUCGAAAAUUUAUUUUUCCAUUAAAAGUAGAGAAAUCAUUAUGCCAGAAGAACAUCAUGGUACUGAUAAAUGGUUUGAUGAUAUUUGGAAUAAUAUUGUUGUUACAACCCAAAGUUCAAUUCCAAAAUUUAGUGAUAUUAAAAUUGAAGAAGUUGAUAAAGUAUUAUUAUCACUGGUUUUCCCACAAAUAAUAUCAACAAUAUUUCAUAUUUUCCAUCAUGCUAGAGAAGAUCAAGUUAUAACUACAUUAAUUGGUUAUGUUUAUAAAUUGACUCAAAUUUGUUUAAAAUUUGAAUUACAUUCUGAAAUUAGAAAAAUCAUUGAUAAAUUAAUUAAAUUUACUACUUUAACUCACACACCUAAAAACCUUAAUGAAAUUUUAAUUACUGAAGUCAAAUUAGAUAAUAAAACCGAAAUUUAUGUUAGUGAUUAUGCUUGUUCAUUUGGUCGUGAUUUUAAAGCUCAAUUAUCAACGGUGGUUUUAUUUAAAAUAAUCAAGAAAAAUAAUCUUAAAUUGAAAAAUUGGGAUAAAAUUGUGGAAAUUAUUGAAAAAUUAUAUCAAUAUUCAUUGAUUAUUGAUGAGAAGGAUACUACUACUACUACUACUACCAAUGAUAAUAAGGAAGGUGAUGAUGAAAAGGAUAAUAAGGAAGCCACUGUUGAGACUGACAACUCAAUAUUGAAAUUAUUGCCUUCAAAAGAUAUUAAAAAAUUCCCUAUUAAAAGAAUAACUAAUGAUCUGUUUCUUUCAAUAUUGAAAAAUUUAAUUGAUAAUCAACCUACUGAAGAAGAAAUUCAAUCAACUUUAGCAGCUAUGGAUUGUAUUAAAUCAUUAGAUAUCUUGAAUGUAUUAAGAAUUGUUGCUGAAUCCAAGAAACAAGCUAACUAA